UUGAAAUUGAAAAGAAGAAAGUCUCUUCUUGUAAGAAGGAUAAGAGAAGUGAACUUCAACUCAAUCUCAAAAUAAAAAAAUAAAAUAAAAAAUGUGCGCUUUGAGAGUGUUGGGUAGGUCUCUGAGGAGCAGCUCUUACGCGAAAAGUUGCAAAUCGAAUCUCAACUUCAUCACAGUGUAUCGGCACCAGAGGCGAAGGAAUCUUAUUCUGGAAUCUUCCGCUUCUGAAUUCGUCAAGCUUCACAAACUCACUGGCGAAGAUUCCGGUAUUUUGGAGGUUAGGUUGGACAAGCCUGGAGCUAAAAAUGCUAUAGGGAAAGAUAUGCUACGAGGCUUAAGUCAUGUGUUUGAGUUGAUUAAUCAGAACUCUUAUGCUAAUGUUGUUAUGAUCUGCAGUUCAGUUCCCGGUGUAUUUUGUGCUGGUGCUGAUUUAAAGGAGCGCAGGACCAUGAAUCAAUUCGAGGUUAAGGAUUUUGUGAAUUCUCUUCGCUCCACAUUCUCAGUUCUUGAGGCAGUUUGUAUACCAACUAUUGCGGUUAUUGAAGGAGUAGCUCUUGGUGGUGGACUUGAGAUGGCUCUGGCAUGUGAUAUUCGAAUAUGUGGGGAAAAUGCUCUGAUGGGUUUGCCAGAGACAGGACUCGCUAUAAUUCCUGGGGCAGGUGGAACACAGCGAUUACCUAGAUUGGUUGGAAAAGCAAUAGCAAAGGAUAUUAUAUUUACUGGUCGAAAGAUUAAUGGCAGAGAGGCUAUGUCCAUGGGUCUUGUCAACUACUGUGUACCUGCUGGCGAAGCUUACUUAAAGGCACUUGCAGUUGCUCGGGAUAUCAAUCAAAAGGGUCCUGUAGCUAUAAGGAUGGCUAAAAGAGCUAUUAACGAGGGAGAUGAGACUGAUCUGACAUCAGCUUUGGUUUUGGAAGAAAAUUGCUAUGAUCAGGUGUUGAACACUCAAGAUCGAUUAGAAGGCUUGGCUGCAUUUGCUGAGAAGCGGAAACCAAGGUAUACUGGAUUGAUCCAGUGCCCGGAGGCAACUUACUAGAUGAGGAACUUUCACUACAGUUUUCUGGGAACAGUCUUUCUCAUUCUGAGUACAGUUAAAUUCCCAAAGCUGAGAAGUGUCUCAUAUCGUGCACCUUGAGACACUGUAUUCCUAAUAAAGCAAAAAAUUUCAUAUUCCUUUUUUCAAUGAAUUGGCUUUGAACUUCUUCUCAUUAUUACUGUAAAAAUUCAAAAUUUUCUUUCGGAUGUUUCCAGACAAUAAAUUAAUCUUCUUGGAACUUAUAGUAUACACUUGUAUUG